AUGACCUCUCGUUUCAUCCUAAUUUGCAUUUGUUUUCUUCUUCAAAAUUGCAUCUAUGCUUCCAUACCAUUCACCAUGAAUCCUGGCUGUCAGUUACCUCAAUGUAAUGACUUUGAUCAUACAGCUCUAUACUAUGUCGCUAAUUCUGUUGGUGAUAGUACUAUUCAUAUGAUAUAUUCAUCAUUCGAUGAAUUAACUAUUGGUAUAUUUGAAACAGCCAAGGGUGAAAACGCAACAAUUAAUUAUCCCCGUCUCUUUGCCAAGAACUAUACGGGUGCCAUCACAUUCGAUGGUGUCAAACCUACCAAUUCUUUCUUUAUUGUUCUUCGGCGUAUAAUUGAAUUUAUCGAUAUUGACGAUGAUGGUAAAUUGACUGACAACGACAACAUAACUGCGUCACACUGGAUCAAAGACAUCCUGACAAAUAAUGUGACGUUUGUUAAACAACCUACCGAGCAGCCAACAUUCGUGUUACCAUUGGAAAUGAUAAAUGGAACACUAACAGUUGACAUUGUUUACGACGGUACGAAGAAACGUGAUAGCAAAUUUCCGAAGUUGAUGACAGCGCCCAAAAGCAUCUUUCUUAACAUUGCUUUCCAAGCUGAAGGUUUUAACUCGUCAAAGACGCGGUUUGCUUUUGAAUUACUUCAAUUGAUGCCUGGUAUUGAAGGUACACGCAUAUAUUCGUCAAGAUACAUCGAUGAUCAAUACACUCCAGGUAUAUUCAAUGUCUGGCAAUUACGAACGCAAAGUCCUUUGUACUCUGCAUCGAUGUUAUGGAAACCAGUAGUUUAUCAGAGUGAAGAUCGAACCAUUGAGCAAAACACUCUCAUGCAAAUAUAUGGCGUUGAAAAUAAUUUUAUCUUAGACCCGACAAUUGACCAAGGAAUCUACCGUUCUAUUCUUCCAGUUCCAGUUGUAUCUGCAUUCAACGUUUCACUUGGCCAAGCAAACGACGGAUUUUUCACUAAAACAAACUACACAUUCGUUCAAUUUACCGCUGGCCUUGAUCUACUCGAGCCUGAUUCCACUGCUGGUUUCGUCACUGUGGCAUUAAUCGUUAGUUUAGCAUUACCAGCCAUCGUAGGAGUCACUGCUGUGAUAUUCAUGAUCAAACGGAAAGUUUCGCCACCGUCAUCAACUGAUGGAAUAUGA